AUGCUUUUCUCUCUUUUUUUACUGACCAGCAGCGUUGAAAAUCAACCUCUAAUGAUUUCGAAUUUCACAUGUGGUGUGAAUCAAACAUAUAGCUGGUUUAUUUUCGAUUGUGUUGAUUGUGGAACAGAAGAUAAUUAUACUUAUCCUUGUGUUCCAGAAUGCGAGUCACCGAAUGAACUCAUUGGUACAAUAUGUGUUAAUUCAACCGAGUUUGCAGAAUUAAAAGCAAAUGUAACAACUAAUACAUCAAAAAACUUUCGAUUUUACAAUCUAGUCAACCAAACUGAAAAUAAGGCAUUCCAAACUAGUUAUAAUAACAACACUUAUAAUAAAUUGGUCGAAAGCAUUACAGUAUUAAAUUACCAAAGUAAAGCACCUCAGCAGAGAGAAUUCUUAGCAAAUGUAUGUGCUGCGAAUCACUUCAGUUUAAAAUCUCAAGCAUGUACUUUAGCCACUAGUUUUGCUGAUAUAAUGACAGCAAAACAAUACGAUUAUAACUUCUGGCCAAAGAAUGAUCUAUUUCUCACAUACAUCAACCGUGAUGACAAUGAAAUAUUUAAGGAAAACAUUAUAUUAAGUAAGUUUAGUGCGGGCAGAAUAAUUAAUAUCACGUUUGCACGUUAUUCAUUUGAUGGCGAGUUUCUAGGUUUUAAAGUUCUUGAAUUAGAUACUGAGAGAUGCAGACACAAGCAAGAGACCGAAAAUAUCUGGAGAAAAUUCGGAUCUAAUUAUUAUUCAAGCUGUGCUAUUAAUAUAUAUGAAGAAAUGAACUUUACUUCGAACGAAUUUUAUGAUCCAUUCAUUCAAGACAACAUGGUUGGAUCAUAUCCUGUACUAAGACCAAUCCCUGUGUUAGAUAUGAGCUUUGCUGAUGAAAGUGGAAAUCUAACUAACUUAAUUAAUAACGGAACAUCGAAUCUAUACUAUGCAAGACGUUUCUUCCUUAUGGAUAACUCUACAACUGAUGAUAUUAUUCAGUAUUUAGUUAAUUUCACUUUAAUCUUCACAACAUCAUCAACAAAAGCUGAUAACAUAACAACUCCUAAAAUUAUUGUAAGGUACAAACAGUUCCCACGUUCCAUAUUAGAAGCUUCAACUCCUUCAUAUGAAAAAUUAAAAGAAACAACAUCUCAACCAGCCUAUGAAUUCAAUGUUGUAUACUCUAAAGAUAUGAAAUCAUUUUGGGAUGUAGCAGCUAUUGUUUUCUCAAUGAUUUUCAUUCUUGGAUUAUUUGUAUUUGCAUAUACCGCAUUUGUUUCCAUUAAAAAACAUGGAAAUGGCGGAUUUGGACUUUAUCUGAUCUUAACUUUACUAGGAAAUCUCUUAGAUCAAAUUGGAAACAUAUUUGUAGUCAUGGUUUAUGGAUAUUCAAUUUAUUACUUCUUUUUCUUCAAGUUACAAUCAGAUUUAGCUGUUUAUCUUCCCUAUGGAGAAGAGUUCAGAUUUUUGAUUGCCUUUAUUUCGACAGCUUUCGUUUUCAAAGCACUCGCAUCAAUCAUUAAAUUGCUUCUUGUAACUGGCCAUCAAUUUUUCAUCAUUGAUUGGUCACAAGAAGACAAAAAUGUUGAUGAAUCAAAAGUUUGGCACAGAUUACUUGUUGCUAACGAAUUCUUUAAGAUAUCAACAGUCAGAUACUACAAUAUGCCAUUCACAAUCAUGAUUGUAGUUCUUCUUCAAGUCGCAAUUAAACUUGAGUUGUUUGCUUCUCCAAUUCCUGAUACUGACCUUGUUUUCACAGGAAUAUAUGCCAUGAUAUUACAAGUCGGAUGGCUAGCUAUUGUUUUCAUUGCUUUGUUCGUAUUUGAGUUACUAUUUUGCAAGCUAUAUUGGCUCAUUUUCACAUCACCAUUUAAGAAAUUUACGAAUAUUUGUUUGAGCCAAAAUAUUUCUGUUUUGAUCACUGAUUCAACAGUUCAUGGUCAUUAUAUACAUGGAUUGACUAAAGAUACAGAAAAAUCAAUGAUUGAAUUGCAACUUUCUGCAUCUCAAAGAUUGAACACUAAACCUGCAGAACAACAAAAUUCCCAGACUCAAUCUUUCAUUAUGAUUGAUAUGAAAUCGAAUUGUUUCGAAACAUAUUUCGAGCCAGAACUGAGUAGAAGAAUAUUCGAUAUCUAUAACUCAGUUAGUGCACAAGUUGGAGGGUCCUUAUUCAAACAGGCCGCGGCAAGUCUCGCUCAAGUAUGUAUUGGAAUUUAUUCUGAUCUCAAUAAAUUCCUUCAACAAUUUUUCACUCCAGGAGCAACUAAUUUCAAGCUAGAGUUGCAUUACGAAAUUCCUGUUGCAAGAAGAAUAUUUGGAAUGGCACCAACAAUCACAGACUCUUCAAUCCUUGACAAAACAAGUGGUGAACAUUACAGAUUUAUGCUAUUUUACGGGUUACAGGUUAGAUUAUAUUUCACAUAUUCAUUAUUGUUCUGUAUCAUUGAUAUGUUCCUAAAGAAUCCUGUCGUUGCAGGCUUCAUUGUCCUCGUCGUAGAUUACCUGGUAUUAAAAUUUGUUAGAUUCAGAUGCAAGCAAAAUCUCGCAAAGAAAUCCCUUCUAGAAAACAGAUUUUUAUAUUAA